AUGGGAUUUUCAGUUGUUAUUGCUACAAACUCAUUAAUACGUUCUGGUUGGAAUGUUGAUUCAGCAGUUCAAAAUGCGUUGGCAAUGCAAAUUAUUGAAGAUGAACGUAAAAAGAGGGAAGAAAAAAAGAGUCUUCAGCCUAUCAAAAAACCAAUAUCCAAACCAACCUACAUUUCAUUAAAACCAUUGUCUUUUGAACCAAAAGAAAAAAAUAAGGUUGAACAGAAAAUGAAUGGAGAAACUGAUUCCGAUGAUGAGCAAGAUAUAAUAAAUAAAUGGUCUUAUGAAAUGACCAAUAACCCAAAAUUUGAAAUACUAACAGAAGGAGAUAUUUAUGAAUUAUUUUUAAGUGAAAUUAAUGAAUAUGUUGAAACAUAUGAUGUAGACCUUGAUGAAGCAUCAACAAGAAUUCUUUCUAAUGAAACAAGUAAUAAAAGUAAACAAAACCAAAGUUAUAAAUCAUUUAUUACAGAAGGAACAUGUCCAGUCUGUUAUGAAGAUGGAAUAUUAGUUGGUGAACGUUGUAGUCAUAAAUUUUGUUUAAAUUGCUGGAAUGAAUACCUUCUUAUGAAUGGUACGUUGUCUUAUAAUAGUUAUAGGUGUAUGCAAAGUGACUGUGAACAACAUCUUUCUCUUCAAUUCGUAUUAUCUUAUUGUAACAAAAACAAUAUUGAAAAAUUCAAAAAAAUGAUUGUUCAAAAUUAUUUAGAGCGUAAUCAUCAAUAUCAAAAAUGUUGUGGAAUUGAUUGUGAACGAAUUAUUCAUGUUAUCAAAACAGGAAAACCACUUUUUAAAGUUAGUUGUUAUUGUGGACAUGAAUUUUGUUUUGGAUGUGGAAAAGAAAGACAUGAACCUGCUUCAUGUAAAGAACUUAGUGAAUGGGAAAGUUUAUACCAAGAAGACUCUGAAAGUAUGAGAAUGAUUGAGUCAAUAUCUAAACCUUGUUUUCAUUGUGGGUUAAUGACUGAGAGAACUAAAGGAUGUAAUCAUAUGACUUGUCCUAGAUGUCAUGGAGAAUGGUGUUGGAUGUGUCGAGGAGAUUGGAAGACUCAUGGGACAAAAACUGGUGGUUUCUAUAAAUGUAAUUUAUAUGAAACCUCUAAAGCAAAGAAAUUAGAUGAAGCUACUGAACAAACUAAAGAAGAAAGUGAAAGGUAUCAAUAUUAUUUUGAACGAUUUAUGAAUCAUAAAGUUCAAAUAAGACUAUUUCAUGAAGAAGUUGAAAAUAAAAGAAAAUUAUUUUCUAAAACAAAAAACUUAAAUGAUGUUGAAAUAUUGAAUUCUAUCUGUUCAAUUAUUGAAGAUGGAAUACGAACUCUUCAAUACUCAUACGUUAAAGUCUUCUUCUUACCAAAAGAAGAUUUAUCACCAGACUUAUUUGUUUUUCGUCAAAAUGUACUUGAAAUAACUAUAGAUAGACUUGCUGAGAAUGUUUAUUCAAUGAAAAGUCCAAGCCAAUUACCAAUGUUGUUAGAAGAGGCUAUGAAUUGUAAAACAGUUAUAAAUAAUUUAAUUCAAUUAUAA